AUGGCAAAGGCAUCCCGUAAAGCUCGUUCAAAACCAAAAGUUGAUCAAGAAACUGAUUCAGAUGAGCCAAGAAUCUUAGUAAUUAGGAGAGGGAUAGUAAGCAAUGAGGUUAAGCAACUAGCCCAUAACCUUAGACUUGUUCUAUCUCCAAACUGUGCUGUAAACUUAAAGGAGGGUUCCAAACAGAAAUUAAGAGAUUUUACCACCGUGGCCGAUGUUCUUUCAUUGACUCACCUCAUGGUAUUAACUCAGAGUGAAAAUGGGUUAUACUUGAAACUAGCAGCGUUGCCUAAAGGUCCAACUAUAACUUUUUCAAUCGAAGACUUCUCUUUGAUGUCUGAUAUUUCGAAACAAGUGAAGAAUCCUCAGUCUUUUGGAACAUCAAUGUUUUCACCUCUUUUGGUUUUAAAUGGGUUUUCUAAAACCAACAAAAAUUUAAAGGUAAAAUCUACCUCUGAUGCAUCAAACUUUGAUCUCUCGUCUGAAAUAGCAUCUGCCUUAAAUUCAAUCUUUUCUCCUAUAGAUUUAUACACUAUAAAGAUACAAAAUUGCCGAAGAGCUGUUUUGUUUCAUAAGGACAAGGAUUCUGAUACAAUUGUUUUGAGACAUUAUUCCAUAAAUUUAGUUGAUUGCCACACAGCAUCUGCUGUGCAAGAUCUCAUGAACAGGAAAUCAAUGAAGCAUAUUCUCAGUGAUGAUAAGGAUUUUCAAGACAUUAUGAAUGAUGGACUGUUGCCCAAUUUGAACGAUGAAGAUCUUUACUUUCGUCUAGACAGUGAAACAGAUGAGAUAAUUGAGUUUAAUAACUCAUCACCAUUGGAUAUUAUACACAGACAUAAAUAUGGUAUAAACUACUCAGAAAAUUCUGAAUCCGGCACACUAAAGGCUAAAAUAGCAAUAAGACUAUCGGAAAUCGGUCCUAGACUAAAUCUUCUGCCAAUAAAAGUACAAGAUGGUGUCUUUUGUGGGCAAGUGAAAUAUCACAGGUUCAUCACGAAGACUCCCGAAGAAUUAGAACUAAACAAGAAACUGGAACCUGAAAUCAUAAAAAAGAGGAAGUUGGAGUCCGACAAAAUUGAGAAAAUCUUCCAAAAAUAUCAGAAGAGCAUAAAUGACUCCUCUAAGGAUACUAAAAAAAACACCCACGAUGAACAAUUAUCAUCUGAAAAUGAAUAG